AUGUCUGUACAGCUGGAGGUUAACGAAGAUAGUAGUAGACCCUCUGCUGAAGAUAUUGAAGAAGUUGCGGUGUAUGCAGACGGUGCUUGUCUUGGUAAUGGGCAUUCCUUUGCACGUGCAGGCAUUGGUGUAUACUUCGGCAGUGAAGACCCUAAGAACAUUUCUCUUCCUUUAUUGCUGGGUCCUCAUACAAAUCAAAGAGCAGAGUUAGCUUCAUUAUUAGUUGCUUUGCUGCAGUUUGAAGCAGCAGAUGAUGCAGCAGCAGCUGCUGCUGCUGCUUCUGCUGCAGCAGCUGCUGCAGCAGUUCGAAGCAGCACAGAAAAGAAACAGAAAGAGGUGAAGCUCGUAGUCUAUAGCGACAGCGAAUAUGCAAUAAAGUGUGUGGGGCUUUGGAGUAAACGCUGGCGUCUAAAUGGAUGGGCUAGUGCUGCUGGGAAGCCUGCAAAGAAUACUGACUUAGUUCAUGCAGUUCUGCUGCUAUGCGAGAGACGGAGACAGGGGGCCCCCCCAGGGGCCCGGUGGAGGGGGGCUGUUAGCUUUAUUCACGUUAAGGGGCAUUCAGGUGUAGAUGGCAAUGAAGCAGCAGAUAGGCUUGCUGUUGCUGCAGCAGCAGGUUCUGCUGCUGCUUCUCCUGCUUCUGUUGCUGCUGCUGCAGCUGCUGCUGCAGUAGGGCAUACAGCAGAGGAUGCAGAAAAUGCAGACUUAUGGGGCGCGCUCAAGACAAGAAGGCCUCACUCCACGUCUUAUUCUGCCGCUGCAGGCCCCAAACCCUAA